CCAAGAAAACUUAGAGAGAGAGAGAGUGACAAGUUGCAAAUUCUACAACAAUUCUAGAGAGAGAAAGUGAGGUGGUGGGAGAAGAGAGGAGUGCUUCUUAUAUUUUGUGAGAAGUCUCGAAGACUCUCUCCUCUUCACUUCAUUAGAAGGAAAGAAAGUAGUGAGCCCGGAGAGGAAUCGCCAUAGGAAAAGAGAUUCCCAUUCCCCACACCUUCCAAUGACUAAACCCCCACUCUCCAUUCCCAUUCCGUUCCCUAUUCCUCUCCCCAUUCCGUAACCGCGCCGUGUCGGCCACCCGGGAUUCCGUUCUCAGCGGGCGGGGAUCGCCUGCGAUGGCCAAGACCGACGUUUUCGGCGCGGGGGACGCGGCGAGCAGGGCGAUGGAGCUCAAGAAGGAACUCCAGCGGCUGGUGAGGAGCAUCGCCGACGAUGAGGAUUACAGCCCGGAGACGAUCGACCGGGCCAGGGAGGCCCUGCUCGCGCUCAGGGAGCUCAAGGGGAGGAGGUCCUCCGCCCGCUCCCCGUCCCUGAAGCUCCUAGGCGCCGUCUCGUGCCCCGAGGAGUUCCGGUGCCCUCUCUCCAAGGAGCUGAUGAGGGAUCCCGUGAUCGUCGCCACGGGACAGACUUAUGAUAGAGUGUCUAUCCUGAAAUGGCUCAAAGCAGGGAACAGGACAUGUCCCCAAACCCAGCAAGUCCUCUCCCACACAAUCCUCACUCCCAACCACCUGAUAAGGGAGAUGAUAUCGAAAUGGUGCAAGGCUCAAGGGAUCGAGUUGUCCGACCCUGUUCCCUACAUCGACGAGGAUAGAAUAACGGAAGCCGAUCGGGACAACUUCCUCUCUCUCCUUUCGAAGAUGUCGUCCAACAUCUCCGAACAGAAAGAAGCCGCAAAGGAGCUCAGGCUCUUGACCAAGAGAAUGCCGUCCUUCCGUGCCCUUUUUGGGGAAUCCCCUGAAGCAAUCUCUCAGCUACUGAACCCUCUCUCUGCCGUCAAAUCCUCGAGCAAUGGUCAUCUCGAUCUCCAAGAAGAUGUGAUCACAACUCUGCUGAACCUCUCGAUCCAUGACAAUAACAAGAAGCUUGUCGCGGAAACCCCAUCAGUAAUUCCACUUCUUAUGGAAGCAUUGAGGUCGGGAACCAUCGCGACGAGGAGCAAUGCAGCUGCUGCUUUAUUCACGCUAUCAGCUCUCGAUUCAAAUAAGGCACUUAUCGGAAAGUCUGGUGCUCUGAGGCCCCUCCUUGAUCUUUUAGAAGAAGGCCACCCAUUAGCCAUGACCGAUGUCGCUUCGGCAAUUUUUAAUCUUUGCAUUCUCCAUGAGAACAGGGCGAGGGCUGUGAGAGAAGGUGCAGUGGGAGUGAUCUUAAACAAGAUUGAGAACCGUUCAAAUGUUGAUGAGUUGUUAGCGAUACUUGCGAUGCUUUCGAGCCAUCAGAAGGCUAUCGAGGAGAUGGGAGAGCUCGGAGCUGUCCCUUGCUUGCUCAGCAUUAUAAGAGAGACCUCAUGUGCUCGAAAUAAGGAGAAUUGCAUUGCGAUCCUCCAUACUAUAUGCUUCAGCGAUCGGACGAAGUUGAAGGACAUGAGGGAAGAGGAGAGCACAUAUGGGACGAUCUCAGAGCUUUCCCGUAGCGGGACUUCAAGAGCAAAGAGGAAAGCUAGCGGAAUCCUCGAGAGAUUGAACCGAACAAUCAAUCUCACACACACUGCAUGAAUAAGAAGAACUUUGCUCCGUGGGAGUUUCUGAUCACUUUGCUUGUAAAUUCUCCAUUCCAUCUUUCUCGGGUCGGCCUCUUUUCACCCACACUGUAAAUUCUUCCCUUUCACCAAAGAGACUCAAACAUCAUGAGAUGAGCUAAGUUAGCUUUCUGUGAGUAACCGAAAAGACCCGAAAAAAAGAAAGCACAGCGUUUCCCCCAUAUUAUUACAUGUUCUUCGGUUUUUUUUUUUCGUAUCCUAGACGUACCGGAGUAUUUUCGAUCAUGUGGGUCAUUUUUGUAUGCUUGGUAAAUCGGCAUGGAUGGUGCUGCUAGUGCACAUAAGCCUUUGCCUUUUCUUCCGUUGUACUUGGUAAUAUGUGUAGUUCUUCUCUUUUGGCUUCUUUCACUGUCCAAAGUCUGAGGUAGUUUGCAGCUCACGAGUUCCUUUAAUUCCAUUUGUACAAUUUCCCUGCA